AAUGAUGCCAGUCACUCUGAAAUUUUGCCUGAUAGUGGCUGGGCUAUGCAGCCUCAUCCCCAGCCACCUAGCUGAGGAGCCGCCAGCCAGUGAAGAUACUGAACACCCAUUAUCUGCAAGCCACAGAAUUUCUCCUUAUAUGGCUGAUUUUGGUUUCGAUUUUUACAGGCUGCUGAUUUCUAAAUCCAAUACAACCAAUGUGUUCUUUUCUCCAGUGAGCAUCUUCACUGCCUUUACGCUGUUGGCUCUUGGGGCCAAAUCAGCCACUCAUGAUCAGAUCUUGCAGGGUUUGAGAUUCAAUCUCACUGAGAUUUCAGAGCAAGAAAUCUUCCAAGGCUUCCAGCAGCUUCUCAAUACACUUAAUCGACCUGGAAAUGAGCUUCAACUGACCACAAGCAAUGGCCUGUUCAUAGACAAAAAGCUGAAAGUUGUAGAGAAGUUUUUGGAAGACAGCAAAAAACUAUAUGGUUCAGACACUUUCUCUAUUAAUUUUGAAGACAAGGAAGCUGCCAAGAAACAAAUCAAUGACUAUGUAGAGAAGGAGACCAAAGGAAAUAUAGUGGAUUUGAUUCAAGACCUUAGCCCUGAGGCAGUCUUUGUUCUGGUGAAUUGCAUUUUCUUUAAAGGCAAAUGGGAGAAACCUUUUGAAGCAGAACUCACUGAGGAACGUUCCUUCCACGUGGAUGCUGAAACAACAGUGCCGGUUCAAACAAUGCACCGCCUCGGGAAUUUCCAAGUGACUUAUGAUGGUGACCUUGCCUGCUGGGUUGUGGCAAUGAACUAUCUGGGAAAUGCAACUGCCUUUUUUAUACUGCCAGAUGCAGGGAAGCUGGAACAAGUGGAAAAUGCCUUGAGCAAAGAGCUGAUUGAGAAAUGGUCAAGAAACUUGUAUCGCAGAGCAAUUGAUUUAUAUUUUCCAAAAGUUUCCAUCUCAGGAAAAUAUGAUCUGAAUAUACUAAGUGAUCUGGGUAUCAUUGAUGUAUUUGGAGAAAAAUCUGAUCUCUCUGGAAUCACACAAGAAGCAAAACUUAAACUUUCCCAGGCUUUGCACAAGGCUGUGUUGAACAUUGAUGAGAAAGGAACUGAGGCUUCAGGAGCCACAUUCUUGGAAGCAAUUCCUAUGUCCAUUCCCCCAACUAUUACCUUCGACAGGCCUUUUCUGAGCGUCAUAUAUCAUACUGAAACAAGGAACAUGCUUUUCUUGGGGAAAAUUGUGAAUCCCAGCGGAAAUUAACUUCAGCAGUCUCAGCCCCCCAAAAUCUCAGUGUUUGCUCCUCUUUUGCAGAAUAAAACAGUGCCUGUA